AUGUCGAGCUCUUUCCAAACCUCCAUAGAUGAUCUCGCAGGCAUCGUUGCAUUUUCCAACAAUUCAAACGAGUGGAGCUUCCGAGGGAUUACCAUUUCAGCAGAACAAUACUCCGGCAACAUAGAUGCGGACCUUGCUGCACUCCCGACAGAAGACAUCUCUGGCAACACGGACCCCGCGGCCGCAAAGGGCAACCAGUGUCACAAACUCGCAGAUGGACCUGCACGGCAAUCUUUCUUUGACCGUCGUCUAUCUGCCAGCACUUGUGCCGCAACUUCGUACGUGGAUGCGGAGGCAUCCAUGAAGCUGAACUACACCCCACCUUCUUUCGAGUCGACGUCACAAUUUUCGACUUAUAUCCAUACUCCGACCACCUCGGUUGAUGAGUCCGGGGAGGAGAGCGUUUCCCUGGUCCAAGAUGACUCGGUCGAGCUGCAACAACCAUCUUUGUACUCUCGGCUUCCUGCCUACGCCAGUGGAAUCACACCGCUAGAAUCCUGGUACAAUGAACAUGAGCGACACGAGCUUAUUGCUUACAAGUUGUCGUACCACGAAAGGGACCCAAUGGCACAAAGGAGUCCAAGAAAUCGGAUGGUGAAGAGGAUCAAAAGCGCGAGUGAUAGGGCAUCUAGAUAA